AUGACCAUGGCUCCUGCCCCUGCGCGCUGCCACGGCGGCCGGCGCACCGGCGCGCUGCUGGCCACACUGGCCCUCAGCGCCAUGGCGGCCUCGGUGGCCGCGGCACAGAACAUCGGCUCGGGCUCGGCCGCCGGCCCGGUGGACCCCAUCGACCAGCCCCCCCGGCCGCCGGCCAGCCUCAUCCCGCCCGACCGCCAGAUCGACCCGACCAAGUACUUCCAAACCGGCAUCUACCGCUUCGGCUCGCAGUCGGUGUCCGUUUGGGCCGUGGACCCGACCAGUGGCCUGUUUGCCCGGCCCCCGGCCGGCAACAACAACAACAACAACAACAACAACCAGGCCGCGCCCGAGCCCACCGAGGCCCUGAGCUCCGGCAUCCCGCUGCCCCCCUGCCCGGUGGGGACCGAGGGGCCCAGCUCCGAGACCGGCCCCUGCAUCGCGGCCAACCGCACCCCCGAGCUGGACUACGUCCGGCCGAGCCUCGUGCACCUGGGCGACAGCGGGGCCAGCAUCCCGCACGUCGUGGCCCAACACCUGCCGGACUACUACAACAGCCGGGGCUACACCUCGGCCGACCUGGCCAAGCUCCUGCUGCCGGGGUCCAUCGAGCACUUGGACCAAAGCACCAUGCGCCAAAUCCGCGACGGCACCUUCGACGCCACAAGCACCCUACUGGGAGCCAACCCGGCGGCCAUCACCACCGGCACCAUGCCCGACGGCCAGACAACCCUGGUGUUCGUGGGCCUGCGUAACAUCGGCGCCGUGGCCAUCUACACGGUCGAGGAGAAUGUGCCCUUCCCGUUGACCCGCGGCGAGGCCGAGGCGGCCGCCAUGCGGCCCCGGGCAGCCGACGAAAAUGCCGGCGACAGUGCCGGCGGGUCCGGCAGCGUCAGCGGGCCCGGCAAUGCCAGUGCCCCGGGCAGCGAGGCCCCCGGUGACGCCGCCGCCGCCGCCGCCGGGCCCGGCACCCCGGUCAGCCUGCGCUUCUGGAGCAUCCACAAGGCCAAUUUCGGCCACUUGGAGCCGGCGCACUUGCUCUUUGUCCCGAGCCCCGAGCCCCGGGUGCCGGCCCGGCUGGUGGUCGGCUUCAGCCAAAGCAGCACCCUGGUGUCGUACGACAUUGAGCCCCUCUAUCCGGAGGGCGAGGCGCCGGACCCGGCCACCGGCGGCCCGGCCCGGCUGAUGAAUGGGGUGAACCUGCGCGAGGCGGGGACCUUCGCCGCGUCGACCCCGGCCGAGGUGGCCGGCUCCGGCAGCGGUGUGCAGGAGGUCGAUGACCCGGACAAUCCGGCCCACCUGCCGACCCUCUUCGAGCCCAUGCAGACCGGCAUCGAUGGGUUUGUCGAUGGCCUCCAUGACCCGGUGACCGAGCGGCUCUUCUUCAUCAACAGCCUGCAGCAGGCGCUGUAUGUGUUCGACGCGGCCACCGGGCUGGCCGGCAAGCCGCGCAGCACGCUGGACCUGCGCCUGUACGGCUACCCCACGGCCCUGGCCCUGCAUGAUGGCGUGCUGCUGGUGACCAUUGCCUCGUGUCGGUCGGGGACUCGGUCGCGCCGCUGUCACGAUGAGGCGGCCCACAACCGCGGCCAGCUGGCCAUGCUGGAGGCGGCGUCGCUGCGGCGCCUCGGUGUCGUCCGGGUGGGCUACCACCCGACCGAUGUCGAGGUGUCGGCCGACGGCCGGUACAUCGUCGUCACCAAUGCCGGGUAUGCCAAUGACGACCGCGACGGAGCGGCCGAGGCCAAACCCUACGACCCGGAGCAGGCCUCCAGCAACGAGGGCGAGCUGGCCGGCGGCAGUGACGCCUCCGGCGACUCGGGCUCCCUGCCCUUUCCCUACCCCUUCGAGUCGGACUCCGGCGAUGUGCCGGCCUUCCCCAACGGCACGGACGACCUGUCGCCGAUGCCCGAGGUGGCCGGCCGCCUGGCCCCCAGCUCGGCCAUCCCCAUGCCCACCAUCCCGCCGCCCAACAGCACCGUCAUCGACCCGCCCGGCAGUGUGUCGGUCAUCGUGGUCCAGGAGAACGGCAUCUUCCACCAGAAGAUUCCCAGCCUCAAUGACUUCGAUGUCACGGAUCUGGAUUUCUCCGAGGGGCUCGACGAUUCCAUCAUCCUCUAUGACUCGAAGAGGCUCGACUUGGAGCUCGAGCCCAACCGUGUGGCCUUCACCUCCGACCCCAGCGUGGCCAUCAUUACCAUGCAAACCAACAACGCCUGGGCCAUGCUGGACCUGACUCGGCUGGAGCUCGUCAACUCCGGCACCUUCGGCAGCCUGGACCACAAUGACCCGGCGGCAGAUGUCCCGGUCGACAGCAGCUCGGUCGAUGGGAUCCGCAUGCAGCGGCUUCCCAUCAAGUCCAUGCGCAUGCCCGGCGCCAUGGCCCCCCUGCGGCUGAACAGCGGCCACACGGUGUUCGUGUCGGCCGAUGGCGGGCGCAUCCGCCGGCCCGGCCGCCAUGCCUCCCGCCUGUCGGAGCUCACCUACGACCCGCGAGCCUUCCCCGGGGUGGAUCUCGAGGGCUUGAAGGACCCCCGCAUGGCCGGCGAUCUGGUGGUGGCCAACUGGGCCUCCUUCGACAGCCUGUCGCCGGUCGACGGGGAUGAGGACUACACCAGCCCCAUUUUCAUCGACAGUGGCAAUGCCGCCGCCCCCGGGGCCGCUCGCGCGGCUGCCGGCCUCCUCGGCUCCGGGGUGGCUUCGAUAGCCGCCAUGCUCACCGCCGCUGCGGUCAUGCUGGUCCUUUAGGGGAACCCCUACGUGUGCGCACUCGCGCGCACACACACACACA